UAUUCGUAGAUAAUUAUGCCAAGUGUGUGAGAGUGUUCGGAAGUUAUUUAUACUGACAGCGAGAGCGGGAUCUCUCAAAUUUCACUUGGCACUCAAGAUGCUGGUAGUUUUAUGCUGAAAUUAAAUAUUUCAGAUUUUACCUGAGUUUAUAAAACAUUUCUGAGGAGAAGUUUGGAAUAUUGUAUGCAGUAUGCAGUCAUGAAGCGCGAACAUAAACAUAUUUUGGAAACGUAUCGAUGCUUAUGUGAUAUGUUAUGCUAAGUUACGGAUUUACUUUUCAUUGCAAUAAAUACAUAGAAAUGCUACGAAAUGCUAGAAAAUUGGGACAGUGUAAAUAGGAAAAUAACUAUGCAAUAAUGAUUAGAAAUACUUUGUUUAACGUUGUAUUCCUGUGUCAACGUUGUGUAAUUGUAACGACGUUAUCAGCGGCGAACACAUUUGCUAGAUGUGUUGUUUGAAUGUUGGCAUACAUUCACAAUGUGUUCAUUAACUAUAGAGCGUCUACCUUGGUUUUUACUCUGCUUAAACUGUGCGCUAGUGGCUAACAUAUUACCGGAAGUGACGAUACGCGAAUAUGUGAUCACAUCUAAAGUUGUCUUCCGGUAUGCAAAUGUGGUGGUCAAAAGCCAUGUUGUCAAUUCGAGAUCAUAUGAUCAGGAAGUGAUAUUUGAGGUCAAACUUCCAAAAGAAGCAUUCAUAACAAGUUUUCUAUAUGAAACAAACAAUAAAAUCUCAAAAGCUGUGAUAAAAGAGAAAGCAGUAGCCGAAAUAUAUUACAGACGAAAAAAAAGUAACGCGCGAACCGGCCAAAUCACGUAUUAUGACAUCAUAGAUGACGUGGAUAUCGAUGUUUUCAAAGUAUCAGUUAACGUUGCUGCUAAUUCUGAAAUCAAAUUUCGGUUGGAAUAUGAAGAACUUUUGCACAAACACGCAGGGAAACAUGUACAGCGGCUAUUUGUCGAUUCAGGACAGUUGAUAGAGAAGUUAGAGUUGAGAUGCGAAUUAAAAGACAAACAGAAGUUUAAAAUGCUGACCUACAAAACGCCAUUUUACACAGAAAGAGUGCAUGUUGUUUAUAACAAGGGUAAUUUGGACAAAGACGGCUUUUAUUACAAUGAAAUAGAAUGGAAACCUAGCACGAGAGAACAAGAAAAUGCCAAUAGAAAGUUGGGUUUACCAUUUGAAAUUGAAUAUGAAUUAGAAGACAAUAAAAAUGGCGGUAUUUUAAUCGAAAACGAGCUCGGUCAGUUUGUACAUAUGUUUUCAGCGCCUUGUGAGGAAAGAAAAAUUAUGAUGAAACAAAUUGUUUUUGUAAUUGAUAUAAGUGGUUCAAUGGAUGGUAACCCAAUAGAACAGGUUAAAGAAGCAAUGGAUACUAUCCUUUCGCGCCUGCGCAGUCACGAUUUCUUUAAUAUCAUCUUAUUUGACGAUGAUGCAAUCAUGUGGAAAUCCACAUUCCAACAGGCAACCUCGCUCAACGUUUUCGCGGCGAAGGUAUUUAUACAGAGGAGUGUAAAAGCAGACGGCAGGACGAAUAUAAACGAGGCUUUGCAACUGGCAGUUGACAUGUUUGAUAAAGAGUUACCGUCACGUGUCAGCGGAAAUCUUGGAAAAAUAAUAGUUUUUUUGACAGACGGGUCUCCGACUUACGGAGAAAUGGAUACAAAAGCUAUUCGAAGAAAUGUGCGGGCGAGGAAUUUCUUACAUGGUAAUAUAUGUUGUAAAUCCAGCAUUAACACGAUUGCGUUUGGAAGGUAUGCUGACAUGGACUUUUUACGAAUAAUUGCAUACGAGCAUGGAGGCCUGUUAACCGUUGUCAAAGAAACGGAAAGCAACGUAGCAGGCGAACUUGUCAAAAUAUAUAAAGACAUUGAAAAUCCGUUUUACAAAAAUUUAGAGUUUACAUACAGCGUUAGUAAUAUUUUAAUACCCGAGGAAAACGUUUCUCAAAUAAAAUUCUUACAAUAUGACUGUGGCAGUGAACUAAUUGUGAGCGGAUGGACACAUCCACAUGUUUCCGUUUACCCCAAAGUGAAAGCCGAAAGCAUACAGAACGAUAUAGAAUUUGACUCAGUUCCGAUUGUUACAGUCUCGCAAGAGAAUUCUAGAAUAUUAUCACGCCUUGUUGCGUACAAAAGGAUAAAGCGGUUAUUGAAAGAAGCAGAAAGUACUUUUUAUCCGAACACUAGUAAAGUUUUAAACAAAAUGGCACUGGGUUUAUCUUUGGAGAAUGACUUUGUGACUAAUUUGACAACGCUUUUCUUUAAAGAUUAUUCGACAGUUUCAGGAGAUGUAAACGUUGGGUAUUCUAGGGAUUGUUCGUUUAGAGCGACAAUGUCAAAUAUUUGUGCAUUUAUUGGUUUGAGUUUGCAAUUAUUUAGCUUAAGAUACGUUACACUAGUCUAAGUUGUGUGUAUGUGUUAAUUGCGUGUAUCACAUGACCUUUUGUGAUUUGAAUGGAGCAAAUAACGGUCAAUGAACCAUUUUCUUUCAUAACUUAUAUUUUUUUCAUUAAAUGGAGUGAAAUAAAGAGCCCACUCAUUCUAGUUAGAAGAAACCACUACUGCAGUACAUACUAUAUACUUCUUUGUGUGUCUGAGCAAACAGAUGUACAUACAGUUUCAUUUUACGAAAAACGAACAUAAAACAUUACGUAUAUGUAUGAAUCAGCGGACUUCUACACAUAAGCCCAUACUUAUACUGUUAUAAAAUAGAGUCUACUAUACCUCGAUGGCAUUCUACAUGUAUUCCCAUCGGAGCCAACGCAGGUCACACUGGUAUAGACACCGCGAUUUAUAUACUUAGUUGUAAACUGUUAAAUUUACCUUUAACUUGUAUUGUUACUGAGUUUUGUUACGUAAACAAGAACUGUAUCUGGGUGUACUUGGAAAAAAUCAGGCCUAUUUCCGACAUCAGAAGCAGAGGAGGUUACUCCACUCUGAUAUAAUUAUGUCUUACUAAUCUCUCCAGUUGUAAAAUAACAUUUGUUUAUUAACAAAAUCUCACAUUAUCACCGCAGAUUUAUAAAUUAAAGUAACUAUAAAACGCAAAAGUGACUGGAUAAAAUCACUACAUCAAUAUGAUGCUUUGGAUGUAAAUCGUUUGUCUUAAAAGUGGAUUGGUCUGCAAUGGACACAUUGAAGUAUUUUAAAUAUUGAUAAAAACAAUAGAAAUGUAUCAUUUGGAUAUACUCUUGAAAUAUUUAAGAAAAAUAAAAUACCAGUAGAGUUUAAAACAUAUAUGAAUAAUAAUAUAAAUAAUAUUUUUGUUC